GCGGGCGCGGCCGGCGGGAGCGCGGAGCCCCGGCGCGCCCCCUCCCCUCCCUGCCUCCCGUCAGAGCCCCGCCGCCCGCUCGGAGCGGAGAGCGCCACAGCCGGGAGCGGCAAGGAGUUCUUCCUCCUCCUUCUCGUCCUCUUCGCCCUCCUCCUCCUCCUCCUCCGCCCCCGCCUCCGCCUCCGCCUCCCGGCCGGGAAGAGCUCGCCGUGCCCGCAGCCCCGCUGGAUGCGCUGAGCCGCGGGGAGAGGGGCAGGAGGCAGCCGCCAGCCCCGCCGCCGUCGCGCUGCGGUGCCCGGAGCCCGAUCGACGCUUCCCUUCAAUCCCUCCCCGCCGCACGACCGCGGUGUGUGCGCGCCCCCGGCCUCCUCUCUGCAGCCCAGGCGGCGGCAGCGGCGGCGGGGGCUGCUUUUUUUUUUUAUCCUCCCCCCCACCUUUUUUUUUUUUUUUUUUUAAUCUUUACGGGGCCGCCAUGGGAUGUACCCUGAGCGCCGAGGAGAGGGCCGCCCUGGAGCGGAGCAAGGCCAUCGAGAAGAACCUCAAGGAGGACGGGAUCAGCGCCGCCAAAGACGUGAAACUCCUCCUGCUCGGGGCCGGGGAGUCGGGGAAGAGCACGAUCGUGAAGCAGAUGAAGAUCAUCCACGAGGAUGGCUUCUCUGGAGAAGACGUGAAGCAGUACAAGCCAGUGGUCUACAGCAACACUAUACAGUCACUGGCAGCUAUUGUACGUGCCAUGGAUACCUUGGGCAUCGAGUAUGGAGAUAAGGAACGACGGGCUGAUGCCAAGAUGGUCUGCGACGUCGUAAGUCGGAUGGAGGACACAGAGCCCUUCUCUCCAGAGCUGCUGUCAGCUAUGAUGAGACUCUGGGCGGACUCCGGGAUCCAGGAAUGCUUCAACAGGUCCCGGGAAUAUCAACUUAAUGACUCGGCCCAAUACUACCUAGACAGCUUAGAUCGAAUCGGAGCUGCAGACUACCAGCCCACGGAGCAGGAUAUCCUUCGAACCAGGGUCAAAACAACUGGCAUCGUAGAAACCCACUUCACAUUCAAAAACCUCCACUUCAGGCUGUUUGAUGUCGGAGGCCAGAGGUCAGAACGCAAGAAGUGGAUCCACUGCUUUGAGGAUGUCACAGCGAUCAUUUUCUGCGUCGCGCUGAGCGGCUACGACCAGGUGCUCCAUGAAGACGAAACCACGAACCGCAUGCACGAAUCACUGAAGCUGUUUGACAGCAUCUGCAACAACAAGUGGUUCACAGAUACAUCUAUCAUCCUCUUUCUAAACAAGAAGGACAUAUUUGAGGAGAAAAUUAAGAAAUCUCCACUGACUAUCUGCUUUCCUGAGUACACAGGCCCCAACUCUUUCACUGAGGCAGUGGCUUACAUCCAGGCUCAGUACGAGAGCAAGAACAAGUCCCCCAACAAGGAGAUCUACACGCACAUCACCUGCGCCACCGACACCAACAACAUCCAGUUCGUCUUCGACGCCGUCACGGAUGUCAUCAUCGCCAACAACCUGCGGGGAUGCGGACUCUACUAAAGCCCUCUCCUCCCCUCCUCUCCUUGCAGCCGCCAGGAGCGCCCGCAGUCCCGCGGACAGGUCCUCUCUCUUUCUUCUUCUCCUCCUCGGAAAGCAAUGAGGAAGGAGUACGUAAACCCCUCCUUCUGCCCCAGGAAACUCCGCAGCAAGUUCUGCCUUCCCCCAGCCCCGUUUGAUUUUGUUUUGGUUUAUUUUGGGUGAAUUCCCCUCGCUGCCUCUUUCUACUCUUCCGUUCCAAUUCACAGUGCUGUAGAGGGAGCUAAUACAUUUCCCACAUAGUGCAUUUCAACUGCCAAAAACCAGAAAUACUCCAUUUAC